UGUAUUUCUUUACACUUAGCGAGUUGGGUUUUUUACCCAGUUGCCAUAAGUACAGUUCUUUUCUGGUGACGUCUUUAGACACGUCUUCACCUUCACAUGAGGAAAACAAACGGCUGCUUUGACGGUGUCCUACAGCUGGUAGUCUUCUUAAAGCUAAGAGCUGAUCUCUGGCCUGCUUCCUCAUGUUUUACAUCGACCUCUGUGUGAAGUACAGGCGGCUAAACUGCUCGCUGGCACAGCAGGACUCCCAACACCUAAACAGGUAGAGAAACAGGAAAUGCCUUCCUCGUCAUGCCUGCUCGGCCAAUUUUGUUUCAGGAUGCCUCGUCAGUAAAGAAGGUGUUCUUGAUCAGAUUUCUGAACUGAAAAGUGUUCAGGGUGGCUGGAUUAUGCAGGCUAAUACAAAGCGGACUUGUAAUCAGCCGUGAGUUAUUCUCCUCCUUCAGGAUCUGCUGGUCCAGAGUUUAGAUGUAGCAGCUAAGCAGCGCUGGGCUUUAAGUGUAGCUUCACUUUACGUCGAAUUACUCCUACAGAUCUCUCGGACGCUUAUUUCACUUCACUGUUAGACAUAGUCGAUGGCGCCUGUUUCAGAGAGUGACUCUAACAAUGAAGACUGGAUGUCAACUUUACCUGAAGAACUGUGGGACAUUCCUUUAACCAGCUUAGCCAUUCCAGGCAGUCAUGAUGCAAUGAGCUACUGUCUGGAUAUUUCAUCUCCACUGGUCCGGUCAGAGUCUGAUACCUUUAGGCUGCUGGAUGGAGUUUUCUACUGUUUUACACGCCCAGUCAUUUACAGAUGGGCCACAACACAGGUCAAAGGCAUUGUGGAGCAGUUACAGGCAGGCAUUCGAUACUUUGAUCUUCGAAUUGCUCAGAGACCAUAUGAAACAUCAAAUGAUCUUUAUUUCACUCAUGUCAUUUACACCCAACUCACUGUUGUGAAAACCCUACACACUGUUGCUACGUGGCUCUCGGAUCACCCCAAAGAGAUAGUCAUCCUGGCCUGUAGUCAUUUUGAAGGCUUGAGUGAAAAACGUCAUGAGGACUUUAUAUAUUCCUUAAAGACUCUCUUUGGCUCUAAAUUGUGCCCUUGCAAUGCUGAUGUUACCUUACGUGGUUUGUGGUCAUCAGGCCAUCAGGUGGUGUUGUCAUAUGAUGACCAGGCAGCAGCACGGCAUAAAGUGCUAUGGAAAGGAAUCCCUUACUGGUGGGCAAACAAGGCUAAUGCUGAUGAACUCCUCCAAUAUCUUGAAUGGCAAAAAGAACUUGGUCGGCCAGACGGCUUCUUUGUCGCAGGCCUGAACUUAACUGCAGACCGCUGCUUCAUUGCUUCCCACCCACAAGUAUCCCUGAAGACCCUGACCAUGGUAAACUGGGAAUGUGUAAAGAGGUGGCUGGAGGAUCAGAAGCCAGGAGCUGACCCUACAAACCUCAACGUCAUUGCUGGAGACUUUGUUGGGUUCAUUCCAUUUUGCUCGCUUGUAAUCGCCCUUAACAAAAAACUGCUCAAAGAAAGAGGCCCCUGAUGACAGAAGGCAUCAACUUGGCUUAUCCAGGUGGACAGGUUGUCUUCUUUUAAUUUUGGUGAAGGAAUCAUUGGAGCCUUGAAUUAUUCUGGAAGACUGAAGGUGCCCAAGGCUUUCUAGCAAGCUGUGCAUUGAAGAACAUCACUUUGUUGUUUUACUUUUGCUGUGUUAAAACACUCUUGGUACCAAUCAAAGCAGGCAGGAAAUGUCAUAAGCAGCAUGUAUACAUUUUAAACAGGUUGUCCAGCUGAAAAGUACUAUGCAAAUGCAUGCUGAGAGAGGGUGAGAGGCAGUCUGACUUUACUUUAUUGUUUACAUUUUUACACAUAUUGUUGACUUUUUUUUGCACAAUCAUUUUUACACUAACGGGUACAAUAUAUUUGAACUGCAUCAGUAAAUAAAUAUUUACCCAGCUA